CGAAUAUGGGCAGAGACUUUAGAGUUUCAAACAAUAAUUUGCAAAUAAUACGCUCUAUUUAAUUUAAAAAAAACCAUUUUAUUAAGUACAGAAAACAGUAAAGCAAACAUGGCCUCAGAGUAACAUAUAAUGUUGCCCCGAGAGACAAACAGCAACUAGCACUGUCUGUGAAAGUGUAAACGUCACAUUUGUGCUACGUGUAUAACAAGGAAGAAGCAGUUCUGAUGUAAUUUCAGUACAUCAUGUCUUUUUCUAACAUCUCCGCCGACUCUUUAAAGGAAAAGAUCGACGAGGUUCGCCGUUUUCUUUCCGUGACAUUACGCAUCGCGAACGCGCACACCGUCGAUUUCUACACGCGCGAUGUGUGGCGCGCGUUCAUGGCUGUGGAGCCUGGGGAGGUUUUAACGGCUGUUAAUGCAGCUCGUGACCGCACGGGGGCGCCAGAAGUGAGCACUAGUUUCGGGUUUUGCGAUGUCAGUAAGAAGCUGGUGGAUGUGUCGGCUCUGCUGAGGGCGGCUGAAGCACACUCUCUGCCAGGGCUGGGAGUAUGUGUGCAGCGACAGACACUGAUGGACAUGCUGGGAGUAAUGGAUGGAGACACGCAAGAUGGGACAUCAGGUGGACAUCUGUUGCAACCUGACGAGUUCAUGAACUCUAAGAAGGCGCAUGAGGUGCCAGCUAUGGCUGAAGUGGUGGCUGCUUUAUCCAGAUUCUGCAAAGUCAAACAGGUUAUAGAUGUGGGCUCAGGUAAAGGUUACCUGUGCUCUUUCCUCUCCUUGCAGUACAGCCUGCAGGUAUUUGGCAUUGACUGCUCCAGCACAAACACACGUGGUGCUCAGGAGAGGAAUAGGAAGCUGAAGAAGUUUUCUAGAGCCUACCAGAAUCAUGGACAAUUCAAAGGCAACCCGGAAGUUCAAAAUAAAGAACUGAUAGACAGGAAAGAAAAUGAUGAUGAACAAGAAGAGAGAACGCAAGGCCAUCAAAGACCCAGACUUUCUCAAGAGCAGGAAGAGGAGGAGGGUGGUGCAAAAGAGAGAGAUAGGAAAAAACAUGUCACAACAGAUUGCAAUAAUGAUGUGGCUGAAGUUCAGUGCUGUUCUUCACCAGGUCUGGACAAGAGUGCUUUCUCGGACCAGACUGAAUCGGAAACAACAAAUGCUGAUUUAGAGAACUCCUUUUUUACAGCCUUGGCGCCUGAUAUUGUAGAGCAAGCCUCUCCUCGGGUUCCCCCAUGCCAGCUGAGCGCAGAGGAGAGAGAGAGGAGGAAGAGGGAGAACCUUGAGAGGAAGGCACGGGAUGGAAAAGGCAACAGGGAUGCUAAAAACCUGUACUCACCUCUGACGUCUUAUGUUACAGCUGAAACAGAACUUAGGACACUGAUUACAGAGCUGGAGGAUGCCGUCAUGGUGGGGUUGCAUACGUGUGGAGAUCUGGCUCCCAGCACACUGCGCAUGUUCAAGACCAAACAGGAGCUUCGGGCCGUGUGCAGCGUGGGAUGUUGUUACCACCUACUUUCUGAGGAGUUUGAUGAAGAUGCACAGGAGUGUGAGAGUGGUGUGUAUGGAUUUCCCAUGAGCCAGUACUUACGGGAGCAGGCGUGUUUCUGUGGACGAAAUGCCAGAAUGUCUGCAUGUCUCGCUCUCGAAAGAGUAUCAGUUGGAGGAGGGCUGCCUAUGGAGUCGCUCUUCUAUCGGGCCGUUCUUCAUGUUAUAUUACAGGAUCACUAUGAUUCCCAUAAGAGUGAGAAGCGUGUUGGGAACGUUUAUUCCAAAGCGUCCUCGUUUGUGGACUACGUAAGGAGAGCUCUCAGGAAACUAGAACUGGACGACUCAAAGCUCUCAGACAGUGUGAUUCAAAGUUAUCAUGAUCUGUACAUCUCUAGGAUGAAUGAAAUGGUGGCCUUCAACAUGUUAAAGGUGACUUUGGCUCCCUGUAUUGAAGGUCUUAUCCUGCUGGAUCGUCUGUGCUACUUGAAGGAACAGGAGAAUGUGUCCUACUCGGCCCUGGUACAGCUCUUCAACCCGCUCCUGUCCCCCAGGUGUUACGCUAUUGUUGGAAUAAAGGGACCUGGUGUUUUAUAAAAGCCAUACGUGUUUUAUAAAAGCCAUAUAUGCUUUACCACAACUCUGCCUUUUAAUGUAGUACUAUUUUGCUUUUAAUUAAACUUUGUAUUAAUUAUUGUAUGUUUAUGUCUUAUUUGCCAUUUUUCAUUAUAAAUAUUGUCACACUUAUGAGUUUGUGUUUUCUUAUAUAAUAAUGAUCUAAUGGAUCUAAAGGCAAGCUCUGGUUUAUUCUGUUGUGAUAUAAUUUAUUCGAGCUUAAUCACAAACAUCUGUCAGAAUAAUUUUAGUCUAAACAGGGUUAGAGACUAAUUCACAUUGAGUCCAGGGUGAAUGAGAAGAAAACGGAUAUGGCCAUGUUAACACAAGUGCAUGUGAAUUUUCCUAAAGCACUUUUCACAUAUGUGAAAUAUUAAUCCAUAUCAGAUCACAGGCAUACAUAUCUAAUCUUUGCUUUGAAAUCUAAUCCAAAAAGAUCUUUUGUGUUCCUGUUUGAAUCACAUUUACUCAGUGUAUAGCUCAGAUAGAUACAAGCCAAAUGAAUACGAAAUGCUUAUGAAUAUGAAAAUCAUCUGCUCCUGAAACAUAUUAUUUGAGCUUUCAUGAAGUUACUGAUCUAACUCUGAGGUUAGGAUUGCCAGAAAUGAGCAAAUCAAAUGUACUUAAACUAAAGGAUAAAGGGUUUUAAUAAAAGACAAUAGUGUAUAAUUAUUGCAAAAUAAUCAUUCACAGGGUUGUGUGAUGUACCUUGUCCAGUGUAAGGUUGAUUAUUUUUCCUGUUACAACAUGCUUUAGGGUGCUUUAUUCCUCGUAUACCACAGCAAUAUGAAAACAAUUACAUUUUUUAUAUAAAUUAUUUAAAUACAUUUUUAUUUAUUAAAUAAUGGCACAUACUGUAUGUGUAGUAUUUGGAAGGUCCAAAAAUCAAGUAGUUCCUUACAUCACUUGUGUUUUUACAAUUAUAGAUAGAUGUUUCUAUCUGCUUGUCAUGUUAAAGAGCAAUCUGGAGAAGACAUUAAUGUGGCAGAAAAGUUCCAACUUUACCUCUGACGUCCGACUCCUUCCGAAUCUGUUCAUGUGCCAUAUGCGGCAUACGAGUUCCUGUUUAAACUGUUAGUACUGAA